AUGGAGACGAGAGCAAAGAAGAAAUUACGUAUAGGAUCGCUUCCCGGGGGCGAUCGCCGGGGCACGCCUGGAGCCGAUGCUGGGCGUUCCAGCAUACGAACCAUCGGUGGUAGUGAGUUGAGUCCGCGGGCUCCUACCGGGUCACCCGAACAAUGCGACAGCAGACCAUCCUCAUCAACUUCCCUGUUUCCUUCACUUCCUUCUUCUCCCCUCUCUUGUUUGAACUAUAAUACUGACUCUUCCUCUAUUCCCUCUCCUAUAUCUAUCAACUCAGCAACCGUGGAUGUUGUGCAGGAGGCAGAAGCCAUCAACCCUGCACCCACCACUGGCCAAGUUCGCGCGCGAUUGAGAUGGACAAGAGAAAUGAACGAGUUCAUCUGGCGCACCUACCUUUAUGUUACACAGUUAGAUACCAAAGUUCGGGGCUAUUUAGAUCCACUGUAUUCCAAAUUCAACGAAAAAUUUCCUGAAAUCAAAAUUUCUAAACAAAGACUAGGAGACCAGAAACGAGCAAUUUUAAGAAACAAAUUACUUCCGGAUAGCUUAUUAGAGUCUAUAAAAAAUGAGGUCCGUUCAGAUCUCCAGAACAUUAAUAAUACUCAGGAUACAAUAGGUUUUUCACAAUCUUUUAUAGCUGAUACACACGCGCAUAACUCCGUAAAUUCAAAUACUCGUUUAAGGUGGACUGACGAUAUAAAUGAAGCGAUUAUAAGAGAAUAUUUUAGAAUAACACAUUUAGAAACCAAUAGAACCGCCUACCGCAAACCACUACACACUAUUAUUACGCAGAAAUUCCCUAAUAUCGCACAUGUCUCUGAACAACGUAUUGCCGAUCAACGCAGAGUGAUUAUUAACAAUAGACUCAUUUCAGACGAUAGGUUAGAAGAAAUUAAACGAGAAGUAAGAGAUAAUCUGAACAUACAAACACUAGAAAACACACAAUACGUUACACCACAAACCUAUACAACUAUAGACUCCAACAACCAACAAUCUAGUAGCGAAUUAAACGAAACAAUUCCGCAUACUCAAGAUAACACACAAAUAGGUAACGCUAUAUUGCAGGAUGAAACAAGAAAUACAGUUUUUGCUGACGAGACCCUUGACACAAAAAUUACAAAAACUUUCGAAGACACGUACAAUAAAUAUUUACACACCGAUCCAACAAAACGACCUUAUAUCCCUAAGCAAAAAACUUCGAAAAAGCUGGCUUAUAUAAUUGCCUACUUAAAUAACACAGUUUUACCCAAAUAUGGGUCAGUCGAAGAUGAUUUCAUAAAAACACACGCUCUUGUAUAUUGUGCUGCUCACACAGCCGCUCUCUGCAACGGGUCUAAAAUUAAAGAACACAACACAACAAUUACCUCAGCACCACAACAAAACUCACCAAUAGACAAAAGACCAAACUGGUUGAAAAGACUAGACAGGAAAAUACACAUUAUUCGCAAAGAGAUAGGCAGAAUGACACAAUACAUUAAUGGAAAUAGAAAUCUAAACCUAAUCACACAUAUCGAAAGAAUAAAACAUAAAUACAGUAAACACUCUAGCUACGAGGAACCCAAUACAACAGACCAACAAUUCAUGGAUAGUUUAAAACAAAAACUCACAGCUGUAACUAGCCGACGCCGUAGAUAUUAUGAUUGUACUCAACGUAAAAACCAAAAUUCCCAGUUCACUAAUAGUGAAAGGCAGUUUUACAGAACUUUAGCUACUGACACAACGAACACACAAAGCCGACGACAGACAUCAGAUAAUCUCAGUCCAGACCCUGAACAGUUUCACACUUACUGGUCCAAUAUUUGGUCACAUGUAUCAGAACACAACCACGCAGCUGCGUGGAUUCGCGAUGACAAACAAAAGCUAGAAAAUUUACCAGAUAUGUUAUUAGAUACAAUCCCAUUAGAAGUGUUUGUCAGCGUUAUCACAAAAGCUCAUAACUGGAAGGCCCCUGGUAGCGACAAUAUUCAUAACUACUUUUAUAAGAAAUUUACUUAUUUACAUCCAUCAAUCUAUAAUCAUAUCAAUAAUUUCAUUAAAAACCCUCAAUCAAUACCAGAAUUCAUUACACAAGGUUUAACUUAUAUGAUCCCCAAAGACUCCGACCACAUGAAUCCAGCUAAAUACAGGCCUAUAACCUGUCUUCAAACCAUAUACAAAUUAAUUACCGGCUGUAUCUCAGAAAUAAUAUAUAAACACAUUACACAGAAUAACAUUCUGUCAGAAGAGCAAAAAGGAUGUCGUAAAUACAGCCAGGGCUGUAAAGAACAAUUGAUAAUAGACUCCGUAGCCAUGAAACAUAGCGUUAAACUAAAAAAUGAUAUCUGCACUAUGUACGUCGACUACCAGAAGGCUUUCGACUCAGUCCCACACAGUUGGCUAGUCUACAUUUUACAACAUUAUAAAAUCCAUCCGUCCAUCAUACAGUUCCUGAUAGAGUCCAUGAAACACUGGAACACCAAAAUAAAACUAGGUAAAUUAGUAGAGACCGAUCCUAUACCCAUUAGACGAGGAAUUUUCCAAGGAGAUGCCCUAAGCCCUCUUUGGUUCUGCCUUGCAUUAAAUCCUCUGUCCAAUCUUUUAAACUCUUCUAAAGCCGGCCUUACAAUACAAGGUAAUGACUCCCCUGAUUUUGAAUUAACUCACCUAAUGUUUAUGGACGACAUCAAACUCUACAGCAAUAGUACACCUGGACUCCACAUUCUUGCAGAUCUCACACAGACUUUUUCGGACGACAUAUGCAUGACAUUUGGCAUUGACAAAUGUAAAACCUUUUCCCUUCGUAAAGGGCAGCUUAUUGAGCCCAACCCCUACAUACUAGAUUCAGGAAUGACAAUAGAACCAAUGACACAAGAUUGUACGUACAAAUAUUUAGGCUUCGAACAAACUUACCAAAUCGAUCAAAAACACACUAAAAAUAAAUUAACCGCUAAAUACAAACAUAGGCUAAACAUGUUGAUAAGAUCGCAGCUAACAUCCCGUAAUUUAAUUAAGUCCAUCAAUACCUUCGCCAUCCCCGUACUCACCUAUUCUUUCGGAAUCAUAAACUGGUCAAAAGCCGAUCUUACCAAGUUACAACGGUUAAUAAAUACAUCUUUGACCAAGAACAGAAAACACCACCCAAGAUCUUGUGUGCAAAGAAUUACAUUACCGAGAGAUGAAGGCGGACGGGGUCUCAUAGACGUGCAAAAUUUACACAAUCAGCAGAUUAUUAAUUUAAGAAACUUUUUCAUGCACAAAUCUCAAAAUAGUACUCUUCAUAAAGCAAUUUCCCAGAUAGAUAGAAAAUAUACUCCACUUAAUUUACAUUCUACUGACCCUCAACGCAAUGAACACAUAACUAGCAAAUCAGAUAAAAUAGCAGCCUGGGCACGUAAAUCUCUCCACGGAAGACAUCGCCUCGACCUGCAGCAACCUCAUGUCGAUAUGAAAGCAUCGAACGCGUGGCUGCGGCGAGGCGAACUCUUCCCUGAAACGGAGGGAUUUAUGAUUGCCAUACAGGACCAGGUAAUUGACACAGCCAAUUACCAAAAAUACAUAAUCCGUAGACCCAAUUACAACGACUCCUGUAGACGAUGCCAUGGUGCGUCAGAAACCAUACAGCACAUUACAGGAGCAUGCCGAGCCAUAGCCCAGACUGACUAUAAACACCGCCAUGAUCAAGUUGCCGCAAUAAUUCACCAGUCACUAGCUAUACAAACCAAAUUAGUCUCCGACAAGGUACCCUACUACAAAUACAAACCACAAGCAGUAUUAGAAAACGAACAUUUUAAAUUAUAUUGGGACAGGACCAUCAUAACAGACAAAACGAUCUACAACAAUAGACCAGACAUAACUAUGCUCGAUAAACAGAAAAAGGACUUAGUCCGCUGCACUAAAUUCCACAUUAGUGGACAGUCGUACCUGUCAGCUAUAGCACUCAGGAUGCUGUGGCGACUUCCACGUAGGCGACUGAUGAAUGAUGACUGGUAA